GUGGCAUUAUUGCAUCAGACGGAGACAAAUGAAGUGCUAGUGGAACAAAGAAGAGGAAAUUCCCUUAAAUUUUCUCGGGAAAAUUUCCAGUAAAAUCGCAUUGAGUGAAUAAAUAGUGAGAGUGAACACUGCGGAAGCAUCCGGGUACUAGGCCAGCCCUCAGAAUGUCUGCCCCUGUACAGUGUUCCGUGGCCCCUGUCAUUGUCGUCACUGACAGCAGCAGAGAGAUGAGCUCUGCUAGACAUGCCGGUGAUGAGGAGAUGAUGUCGACGACACCACCUCAAUCUCCACCACCGUCGGCAUCGGCGAUGAUGACAAUGGCGCCCGAGACAGUGUCAGUGGAUGCAAUGAUGAUGGCGGCAACACCGAAGCGUGGAACCCAGAGGAUUUCAUCGUCAACGGGGGGCCGGCUUGGGACUCCGGAUGCUGCUGUUAAGCGUCGUCAACAACAUCAACAAUCGUCUGCAAUGCCGCAAAGAAUGAUGACAUCAUCACCACCGCAUCAAGGGAUCAACAAUUCAUCCUCUCCAUCGUCGUCCAUUCAGCCAUCGACCUCACGUGCAUCAUUGUCUAAUGAACUGGAUGGCGCAACGGCAAUGGACUACACUGGCAGUAAUAACAACGGCAAUGGCAACGCCUUCAUGGGCGAGAAUGGCAAUCUUUGCUAUCAGUACAUGGAGAACAAUGUGAUCAACUAUCAUCUGCAGAGUAGCACAUUGGGCAACUUGAGAAAUGAACAACUCUAUCCGAAACUCGAGGAAGCUCUGGCGCUCGAGGAGAAAUUCCAUGCGAAUCUCUACCUUCCACCGGAUCCUGAGGACAAUGAAAUCACUGUUGGUGCUAGAGACGGAGCUGCUCAUGUGCUCCGUUGCCUCAAAAUGUGGUACGACCUGCCGCCCGAUGUGCUGUUUGCCGCUCUCAAUCUGGUGGAUCGCUUCCUGGCGAGGAUGAGAGCCCGUCCGAAGCAUAUGGCAUGCAUCAGUGUGGGCUCUCUCUAUCUCUGUGUCACGCAAUUCAAUAUGGCAAAGAUUGAUGCUGCGGAUCUCGUGGCGAUAUCCCAGUGUCGCUGCACGGCUGGUGAUUUGGAGCGAAUGGCGGCGAUCAUUUCCAACAAGCUGGGCGUUCAGCCGUCAACGAUUCCUGUGACGGCGCUCACGUUUGUGCGGAUCUAUUAUCACAUGUUCCGCAAUGCUGCCUUCCAUCUCGGCCUGGGCGAUUUCUACGACAAAUCAAUCUCGCUGGCGGAUCUUGAGUUGCGUCUUGAGAUACUCAUCUGUGAUGCACUGUGCGUGAGUGUCAGAGCGUCUGAAUUGGCACUUGUGCUUGUGUGCACACAAAUGGAUGCUCAUGUGAAUAGCUACGUGAAUUCUGCAAAUCCCAUGAUUUCUGGUCUUGUAGAUUUCGCCAUUGAGCUGCAGAAGAUGGCAAAGAUCCCCGAUCCGAGCUUCUUCCGCAGUCACAGUCUGGUCGUGCGCACUUUGACGCAAUACAAUGCACAGAAGAAGAUGCCAUAUCGUCAGCGUCUCGUGUGGAAGUUGUCAUCACGUACAAUGCGCGUCUUGCGACCUACUCACAGACUCAAUUCACACCUGCCAACAAUUGAUGAGCACAAAACUAUCAACAACAGCCGAAGUCUUCCUCGUCAUCGAAGUUGCAGCUUCAGUUCGGAUGACGAUGAUGGAGAAUGGGCACGAUUGGUUUAUAAUUAGUGAUCUUACAUUAAGUUCUUCGACCCUUUUAAGUUAGGAACUAAAAUGAAACUCCAAAAAAAAAUGAACAAAAGUGUUUAAAAAGUGUGCGUGUUGUGUUUACAAGAGAAAGAGAGAGAUAGAGAGAGAGAGAGAGAGAAAAAAAGGGAAUCUUGUCGUACUCCUUUGACGAUAAAAAGUGCUAAGACAGCAGUGAGUGCGCGAAAAGAGAGACAGUGGGUGGAGAUGAGGAGGAGUAUGGACAAGGAACACACAAAAGGAGAGAAAAUGAAAAAGAAAAAAAUUAAAAAAGUACAAAAUAUCUUUUUAAAAAAAUAUCACAAUUUAGUUUUAUAAGCCUUACUCUUCUUUUUCUUGUGAGAGAAUCCAAUCAAUUCAAUUUGAGAAGAAACUCUUUUGGCAUGAUAAAUGGAUAAAAUUAAUUUAGCCGUGUUUUUGAUGACAAACGAAGCUCGAAGGAAAUUCUUGAGGAAGAGAAGAAAAAGAUGAAAAAUCAUUGCAAAAGAGAGCAGAAUUGUUAACGAAAAAAUUCGCCCUUCGGAGAGAACAAUUUAACGGUAGAAAUUGAGAAAGAAAAAAUAUUUAGCGUGCGUGUGUUUGUUGGAGAGACAAGAAAAAGAAAGCAAGAAAAAAAUCAACAAAAAAUGUGAAAUAUGCAAAACUCAUCUGCAAAAAAAAUCUAACAAUUAAUAUAGAAACGUGAUGUGCACAUGUAACUUCAUAUUAUUAUUUUGAGAAAACAAAAAUCCAUUAUUUUUCUUCAUAUUUACAUCUCUAAAAAAAAGUAAUUUAAGGAUACCGUGUAAGAUUUUUUUAAUGUAAAACUGUAGAUGUCGUAUAGAGGUGGGAAGAAGAAGCCUGAUUGAAGGGCGAGAGAGGAUAUACUAAAAAACCUAAAGUAACAUUGAGCUGAUUACACUGGAUGGACAUAUUUUGAUGGAUGUCGCGAAGAAAGGAGAAAAAAAGAUGUGUAAAAGGAUCCUUCGUCACGUGUUGACGCAAAUUCUCGAGCUGCAAAAGAUUGUUUAUUUUCUUUUAUCCUCUGUAAAGAAUAAACAAAGAAAAAAAGAUCUGUUUCGAUUAAAGCUAUUACCUACAAGAAAAUCACAUGAGAAAAUUUUUUGGAGGAAAAGUAUAUAAGUUUUUGGAAAUGUUUCUGAGAUUUCUCAUAGUCACUGUGAAAGAAAGAAAAAAAAAUUGACGACAGUUUCAAAGGUCUGUCCAAUUAUGUAAAUUAAAAUGAUAAAAUCUUCAAGAUUGAGAAUGAAAAGUUGCAAUUUUUUUU